GCAAAACAAGAUGGCGUCAAACCGGGGAGAGUAUUAAAGUUUAGUAUUUAGCAGAAUAGAGUCCCAAGUCGACAAAAAUGCUGCCUUCUGUUGGGGUAGUUGACACUGGCAACUCUUCUCGUAUACUGUUAUCGCUUUUGCGUUCUGCUGGUUUUACAGUAAGUGGUAUUUGGGGUUCCACAAAGCAACAAGCUCAAGAAAUGGCCGAUGAAUACAGGGUUCCGUUUCAUACAAGUAAAAUUGACGAGCUGCUGCUGAGAGAAGACGUGGAUUUGGUUUGUGUUUUAUGCCCACCUCAUGUUCGUGCCGAGGUAGCAGUGAAGGCUCUUUCUAUUGGCAAACAUGUGUUGUGUGAUUCACCCGCUGGCCUCAGCAGAGAGGAAGCUGUAAGAAUGGUUAAUGCUGCUCAGUAUUAUCCAAAACUUCUUUCGUUAAUUAGACACGAGCUUAGAUUUCUCCCAGCCUUUAUAAAAAUGAAACAAUACCUAGAAGAGGAGGAAUUCUGUGGAGAGCCUCUGAUCUGUGAGUGUAAGAUUGAAAUGGGCUCGUUGAUUGGUAACCGGUACAACUGGAUGUGUGACCAAGCCAUGGGGGGUGGUGUUCUAACCAGUGUUGGUGCUCACAUCAUUGACAUCAUCUCUUUCCUGACCAAUCAAAGGGCCGCUGAAGUGCAUGGCACUUUGAAAACCUUUGUUACUCAAAAGGAGAGUAUAUCCAGCUUUCGGCACAUAUCAAGUGAUGAUUACACAGCUUUCCAGAUGAAACUUGAUGGUGGUGUUUUUGCUACUGUUACUCUUAACACCCACAUACCGGGACGUUAUUCUCAGACACUUACUAUUUAUGGCACUAAAGGUCAACUUAUUGCCAGAAAUGGUAACUUGUAUGGAAUGAAGAAUGGAGGAAAGGAAGAACUCAUUUAUGGUGACAUUGCUCGUAUCCCUGGUUCAUUUAAUGUGGAAAAACUUCCACCCAGCAUAUUUUUAACAGGUCUUGAAGCAUGGGUAUCAGAGAUUAAAAGAGCAUUUGAAGAAUCCAUUAACAAAGAUGAUCGUAGGAUUGCUGACUUGCAAACUAUUUCCAGUGCAGCCUCCUUUGAAGAUGGUUAGUAAAUGGUACACUGGUGUAAAAAUUGACUAAUUUAUUUUUAAUCUAAAGUAAAUUGAAAUUGUCUAUUUUGUGAGUCAGUCCAAAUUCCUUCCAGUUUAGUUAUAAAACUAAUUUUUUUGACUGUGUGCUCUUUAAUCCAUCCAAACCUUAGCUGCCCAUAACAUCCAGUUUGUUUAAAUCCUUAUUGCUUGUACCACUUCUCAAUUGUAUCUGAAUCUUUUUCUUGAACCAUCAGGGCUUGUUCAAAACACUGUGUACAUGAUCCCUUCUAACAAAAUGACAUAUUCAUUACACCUGGACUCUUUAAAGUUAAGAGGGGUAUUGCUGUCACAAAACCAUGAACCCAUCAAUUAUUUCUGGAUUUGAUUGUGUUUCAAGUAAAGAGCCCGGCCAAUCAUUAAUGUGGUAACACAAAAUGUCAAACAGCAAUGGUAGUUAGUUUGCUUUUUUGUGGCUUGCUCACAUGUCCUGAUCUUUGCUGUGAUUGGUCAUUACAUACUCAACAUUCCUAGAAAACGCCAGGUACUCACAACUUUGUCAGUUUGACGGUAAACUGACUUCUGGUAAGAGACACUGGCAACAGCAUUUGGGCUGCCCCUCUUACAGGGGUUUCAACAGUAUUUUCAGUUUUAAGAUGUCCUCAAUAAAUUAGAAGGGCCUUUCCUCCUUAACUAUAUAUUACCCAGUGGGGUACUCCAGAUUUCAAGUGAUGGGGUUGAUCGAAGGAUCUUUUUGGGUUCGAAAUUUCAAUUGCAGGGUUUUUUGGGGAGGAAAAUUUGGCAAGUAUUUUUUGGGUGGCUUGAUUUAAGUAGGGAUUUUUUGGGUAUUCCAAUUUUUGAACAAUCUGAAGAUUCGUGGUAGUGCCCAGAUUAGCUCUGCGAAUAAAGUACACAUUCAAUUUCUAAUGUUUUUAUUUUCAUGUUAUAUCUUUUUUUAAUUGGUUAAUUCAGAUUUACAAUUUUAUUUGCUCACUCAUGCUUUCUACAAAUGUUCGGGCCGGCAAUUUAGCGUGGGAUUUUUUGGGGGGUUAGAUUUUGGUCAGGGGAUUUUUUCAGGCUUUGAUUUUUGCCCCCAUUCAAUCAUCUCUGUCACUUAAAAUCCAGAGUAUCCCCUGGGUACAUUACACAUAAAUUAAAAAUCAUCAUCAUAAACAAUUUUUUUCUCGUAUAGGCCUGCAUACACGUGCUGUUCUUGAUGCAAUUGCAGAGUCUAGCUUAACUGGUUCCUGGUGCCAGGUGAAUUUCAUCACGAAUAAUGGAUCAGAUAAAUCAAGGAUGGGCUCUGAGGAGAGUAUGGUACAAGUUAGUAAUGAACAAAAGAAGGAGAAAGCUGGUGAAAAAGAAUACCCAUUGCCUGUCCUGCGAAAAAUGCUGACCCAGUAAAUAAUGAACUUAGUGGCAGCCACCUUGAUAACUGGCCUAGGAAUUUGGUGGUAUCUGUAAAUAAUAUCCCACUAACCAGUUUAAAAUUAAUUGAAGUCAGUAUGUGACCACCCAAGGAGUGAGGAUUAAGUGUUCACUGACGAGAGUUAUUUGCUUGCGAGAAUCGACCCACAGGGGGUCUAUUUUGAAAAGAGGUUCCCACACAUAUACCUUUUGGAAGAGAAUUUAUUGCAUGCAAUUUCUAAGUUUAUGAUAUGUAUAGUUUUAUGUUGUCACUGAAGGAUCUUUGUAUAUUGUGGGUGGUGUAGUAUAUAAAGCAAACGAUGCGUCAAGUGGUCACUUACGAGAGGUUAAAAAGCAUCAAAAAUUUUAAAACUCCCAGCAAAAGUGAUUGUGGUGGCUCAUGAGAGGUGGUAGAGCUUUGACUGGGAAAAUUGGGUGUUUUGGAUUGGUGGUCACAUAUUGGAGGUGAUAGCUUACAAGAAGUGGUCGCACAUGGAGGUUUAACUGUAUUUUGAGCCUGGAAACAAACCAAAGUUGCUUCAGAAACUAUCACUGAUAUAGAGGUAUUCUAUUAUAUUAUAUAGUGUCAUAUUUUAAUGGAAUUUUUCUGUAACAUUGUCUACUCUUAUUGAUUAGUUUGAGAUCGCAUGACGUCUAAUAAUAAAACUGUUUUUCCAGAAAAAGUCUCUGAGCAGGC